AUGGGACAAGAACAACUAAAAGUGCUAAAUGCACUAGAUGUUGCAAAGACACAAUGGUAUCAUUUCACUGCAAUUAUUGUUGCUGGCAUGGGUUUUUUCACUGAUGCAUAUGAUCUCUUUAGCAUAUCCUUAGUGACAAAACUCCUUGGUCGUAUAUAUUACACUGAGCCUGGUUCACUUAAGCCAGGGACAUUACCUCCAAAUGUCUCAGCUGCUGUUAACGGCGUUGCCUUUUGUGGGACUCUAACAGGGCAGCUCUUCUUUGGGUGGCUCGGAGACAAAUUGGGUAGAAAAAAGGUCUAUGGUAUGACUCUAUUGAUGAUGGUCCUAUGUUCCUUUGCUUCAGGCCUUUCAUUUGGGCAUGAUGCUAAAGGUGUCAUGACGACUCUUUGCUUCUUUCGAUUUUGGCUUGGAUUUGGGAUUGGAGGAGACUAUCCACUUUCCGCCACCAUCAUGUCUGAAUACUCCAAUAAGAAAACUCGUGGAGCCUUCAUUGCCGCGGUUUUUGCUAUGCAAGGAUUUGGGAACUUGACUGGUGGUAUAUUUGCUCUUAUAAUUUCGACUUGUUUUAAGUCUGCAUACCCUGCUCCCACUUAUCAGGACAAUGCAGCUGCCUCAUUGGUACCACAGGCUGACUAUGUGUGGAGGAUCAUCCUAAUGUUUGGUGCUAUUCCUGCUCUGCUAACUUACUACUGGCGCGCCAAGAUGCCUGAAACUGCUCGUUACACUGCUCUUGUUGCCAAGAAUACUGAACAGGCUGCCGCUGAUAUGUCUAAGGUGUUACAAGUUGAGAUCAAAGAGGACCAACAAAAGGCAGCAAAAACAGAAGAAAGUAGGACAAAACAAUUUGGUUUAUUCUCUAAGCAAUUCUUGAAGAGACAUGGUCUUCAUUUGCUUGGAACUGCCACAUGUUGGUUCUUACUAGACAUUGCAUUCUACAGCAACAAUCUCUUCCAAAAAGACAUCUUUAGCGCAGUAGGUUGGCUACCAAAAGCUCAGACAAUGAGUGCACUUCAAGAGCUCUACAUGGUUGCUCGAGCACAAACCUUAGUAUCUCUAUGUGGGACUGUUCCAGGCUACUGGUUCACAGUAGCCUUCAUCGACGUAGUAGGUCGUUUCACCAUUCAAUUGAUGGGAUUUUUCCUUAUGACAGUCUUCAUGUUUGGACUUGCUAUCCCUUACAACUAUUGGACCACCCCUGGAAACCACAUUGGGUUUGUAGUCAUGUAUGCUUUCACCUUCUUUUUUGCGAACUUUGGUCCCAAUGCUACCACUUUUGUGGUGCCUGCAGAGAUCUUUCCAGCCCGUUUUAGGUCUACUUGCCAUGGGAUUUCGUCUGCUGCAGGAAAAGCCGGUGCCAUUAUUGGCGCAUUCGGGUUCUUGUACUUGGCUCAGCCUACUGAUCCAAGUAAGACUGAUGCUGGAUAUCCUGCAGGUAUUGGAGUUAGGAAUGCACUUAUGAUAUUGGGUGGAAUUUGUGGACUUGGAUUCUUCUUUACUUUCCUUGUUCCUGAAGCUAAUGGGAAGUCCUUGGAAGAAAUGUCAGGUGAGAAUGAAGAUGAGGAUGAAGUUGAAGAGUAUCAGCUUUCUGGGAUUGAUAACAGAACUACUGUACCAGUUUAAGAAAUUUGAUGGCAUCUUUUGUUUGUUUAUAUAUGUAGGUACAUUGUUUUUCUUAUUUUCCCAGAGGUUUUAAUGUUAGAAAAAGUGUUUGCAUGUGCUAGUGCUUUUACAUUAUAAAUAAGCACUUUUAGAUGGUGCUGUAGUUAGAUGAUGGUUGUUCUUGAAUUUUUCUUUCGAGCUUUAGGUUACUCUUUUGAUUAUUUUCAUUAAUGUAAUGAAAAUUCCAUUAUGUACGUUGUGCAAUUAACAUGUCAUGUGUUACUUUUUUUUUUUUUUUUUUUUUUGAGUUGAUGAUAAUUUGAACCUUUUCCUUUUAAUCUAUUUCAACAGUUAUUUAAUGCAAAGAUAAUAUUUGUAUUAUACAAAGAUAAUAUUUGUAUUAUACAAAACGAAUUUCAUGUCAACAAAAACAGAAUACUAAAAAAUUUAGAAUGUAAUAAGAGUACACUUUAAAAACACUAGGUAAUAGUAUCAUAUUCAUGGAUCAAGGACAUUAGGCGAAUAACAGAAUCGAGGCGUAUCUUGCUGAGUGUGGAGGAGUACUUCGGUUAUUCUCUCAACUUUGGCUUGUGUAAUUGGCCGAUCAAAGAGUAGUUCAAAAUAGAGUUGAUUCAACUCCCUCUUCUAAGUUUAGGCCGUAUUUUGUACAAGGAUAUUGUGGGUGUAGCUUUACCUCAGCUUCAUUGCUCCCUAGUUUUUAGUCAGUUCGUUUGGUUUUUGUUCUUAGUUUGUAGUUGGUUUGUUGCCUUUUUGCUUUAUUGUGUCUGAAGUCUUCCCCUCUUUGCAUCAAAAAAAUAAAUUUCACUCUCAUAAAUUUAUCAAAUUCAGUUUGCAAUACAUCCAUCUAGUACGAAUUGAUAGUA